AUGAAAAGUAAUUCUUAAGCUAAACUUCAACAGCCUAAUUCUAUCUCUACGACCACCUCAGUUAACUCAAAGCAAAUUGUCUCUAGAGAUUGGGCUGAAAAAGUUCAGUCAGAUCAGAUCCUCUAGAUUCUAAACACUGAUAGUGCCAAAAACUCAGAUAAUUUGAAUACAAGUAGUACAAAUGGAAGCAUGUUUUAGUAAUUCAAUGAUAAACAAAGAAUUAUAUAGCCUGCUAAGGCCCCUCGAAUAAACAGCCAAGGAAGUAGUAGAUCUAGUGCAUAUACUGUAAAUUCAAAUCUUAACAAAACCGGGAAUUAAAGUAUAAAUUUGAACAGUGAUUAGAUAAGUCCUAGAAGUCAAGCAAAGCGUGAUAUUUAGGUUUUUUAACAGCAGUUAAAUCAAAAAGGAAGUUCUAACAUUAGCAACUGCAAUAUCCCUAGAUCUUCCACUCAGGAAAAUAAAAGAAGAAGAUCUGUCAGAUAAUAGUAGCUUCAUAAUCAAAGUGACCUUCCUGAACUAGCAAGAGCCAAGAUUUAGAGUAGUUUUAAUAGUAAUAAAAACUAGGGUCAGCACAUGCAGUCGCCAUCAGAAAAGAUAAUCUCAAGUAACCCUCAUAAAAUCAAGAGGAGAAUGCUAGGAGGAGAGGGUAGUUCUACUGAUCGGUUAUUUAAUCAGAUUGUCAAGACCUAGGAUGAUAAGUAGGAGAUGAAUAAAGAGAAUGUGAUUGAGGAUAACAAGAUUACAAGCAACUCCACAAAGAGUUUGAUGAUGAUUCAGUAUCACAAUCAGAAUCCUCAAAAAGCACCAACAUCGUAGUCAUCAAGAUUGCCUAUGAAAUUGCAAAAGAGUUUUACCUAUUCAUAGUAAAAUGGAGAUAAUAUAUCCAGUCGGACAUCUGUGGCUAGUUAGUUACCUAGUAAUUCGAUGAUGCUUGGUAGUUAAUAAAACACAAUUCUAGAAAAAUAAAUGAAAGAAGUAAAUAAAUAAAAAGAGUUAUUAUAAAAGCUGCAAAGAGAAAAGGAUGAACUUGAAAAAUAAAUGCAAAAUAAUGAAAAAGCCAUCUAAAAUAGAAUGCAAAAGCUACAUCAAGAGAGAAGAUUAAUGGAAGAAAAGAUAAUUAAAGCCAGUAUUGUAAUUUAAAGAUUCGCAAGAGGAUUUAUUGCAAGACUUAGAUUUAAAAAUCUGCAGGACAACCAAAUUAUAGAGUAGAAAGCGAAGCUAGCAAAUGUUCUUGAUGAAUUAAAAGUGUAGAUAAACACCUGCUUUAAUUAAGUCAGUGAUUAAGUAAAUGAUUAGAUAGAUGCAAGUGCUACUAUGAUCUAGAGAGCUGCUAGGAAAAUGAUCGCAAGGAAAAAUUUCAGAAUAUCUCUGUAUAAAUUGAUGCUUUUCAAAAACAUAGUAGAGAACAAAGUACAUAAAGAAAAAAUGCAGAUGCUGUAUGCCUUUGAAUAACUGAUUAUCAACACUGAGGAUGAAAAUGAUGAAGAAUAUUAUGACGAGGUUUAUGGCUAAGAGGACUAUGAAGGAGAUGAAUAUGCUGCAGGAGUAGGUGGAGGAUAUCCACAUUUGUCCAGACAGUUUCCACCAGCUUAGAGAGUACCAGUUGAGGCUGAGUAUCUUUCAAACCCCUCUGAUAUUAUUGAUGAAGAGGAGUAUGAAGAUUCUGAGGAGGAAAAAGAGCAUCAUUAAAAGAUGCAAAUUGAAUAGAAUAAAUAGAUUGAAAAGCCACAAACAGCUUAAGUACAAGGUGGAGGCAAAAUACUUAAUAAGGUUACAGCAAAUGAUCUAUUGGAAUUUGCAAGGAAAAAUAGUGCAGGCUUGGGUGAUAAGAAUUAAACUUUGCAAUCAGAUGAUCAUUCAAAUUAAUUUGAGAUAGAAGUUGGUGCAGGAAUGUUUGGGCAAUCAAAGAAUUCAAACUACGGAGAAUACUCUUAACAAUCAUAACUAUCAACUUUAAAUGCUAAAAAGAGAAGUUCUAGUGAAAAGAGAGAAACAGAUUCUUAAAAGAACGACAGCCUAAUGUAAAGUGAGUUACCAAAAGCAGUAUCCAGAAGGAUAUAACCAAGAUAACAAUAGGCAAAACCAAAGAUGCUAGCAUUACCUCCACCUGAGCUAACAAUAUAAAAGCAACCUCCAAGACCAAUUGAUAUGGAAAGAAUUAAUGCUCUAAGUUAACCAAAAACAGUACCAGAAGAAGAAGUACUUCCUCCACCGAAGAAGAAAGCUCCAAAGCCACCUAUGGCUUAAAAGCCUAAAAAGAAGAAGUCUAAGAAAAAUCAGGAAAUUUCAGAGGCGUUAGUGCUUGCCAAACCUCAAAAGAAGAGAAGAAGAGUAAGCAGGCAAGGUUCAGGUUAACAAGUAGUUGGUGAUCUUAUUAGCAACUACGAAAAGCUUCUCAAGCAUAGAGAGAGUAGGACAAGUAUCAAGAUGCAAAGAUAAAACUCACAUUAAGAUAAUUAAGUCUAUGCAAUUGAGUAUAAAGCUGAUGAUGCUUAAAAUGAUAAAUAUAGAUAGUAAUAGCGAAAUGCAGUAAGAUUACCACUUUAAUUGACUUAAAAGCAAGCAGGCAAAAACUAAUAGAGCCAAGCUAUUGGAGUUGAUUAUCAAAGAAACUAAAAGCUUUAGGAAUUAGGCUACACAAAUGAGCCUAGUUUAUCUUCCAAUCAAGACUUAGCCGAAAUCGAUACUUAAAACAAUCUUCAGAUUGAACAUAAAAUUCCCUAGGUCAUUUAAAAACAAGAUUACCUUGAGGAUUCUUAAGAUUUAACCAUAGUAACUGAGUCUCAAAAUGUCACUGAUCCCCGACUAGGUUUAAUUCUACCUCCCAUUUAGUCUAAUAUUUAAUAGAAUCUCUCUUAUCAACAAUAGAUCUAAAUGCAGUCGAAUAACAUUCCAAAUUACAAUAGUCAGUAGAAUUUACAGGCAAAUACAAAUUAAUAGACAUAAUAAAGUUAAUAGUAACACUAGCAUCAAUAACACUAAGCAGACCCAUCUCAACUAUAUAAAAAGUGUUUCCCCCACACCUCAUUAGGCUUCAAAGAAAGAUUCCCAGUCUUUGCUGAUAUUCUCUAAAGGUAUAAUAAGAAUCUCAAGCAUAUAUCAAAUGCUGCAGCUGUAACAGCGACCAAUACAGUAAUUGCUAAAAAGUGA